AAUGGAAUCAGGAAGAGAAUAGAAUUUGUUUGGCUUGUGGCCGAUUGAGAACUUUUAGUUAUUAAAUUAUAAAUAAACACAUUGGUCAUAUUAAAGCUGCGAUAGUCCAUUGAUAAGCUUGUCCUUGUCUAAAGUUGCCCACGCAACAAAAGAAAUUUUUAAAUUGGCCGAGAAAGAAAACAAAACAAAAGCAAAAGAAAAUCCAAACCUCAAGAUAUUGCAGAGCUUUUAUCAUCAUCCACAACUGUUGCAAAUCGGACGUGUCACCUGCUUGGAAAUGGGCUACGAUGAAAAGAAUGAAAUCCAGGAAAAUGAAAAUUGGAUUCGCAUUGGAGAUCUAAAAGCCUUGCAUGGAAGUCGAAUACUUCAUCCCACUAGAGUAGAACGGAUUAUCAAUGAAUUUAUUCAAGGCGGACCGGAACGUAUGCAAAUGGUAUCGGAUUUUGAUUUUACCAUAACCAAACAAAGGACCGAUGAUGGAGGAAAGGUUCUAUCCAGUUUUGGAAUAUUCAAUGCUUGCAAAUCUUUGCCAGAUAAUUUUAAAGCGGAAACUGACAAACUAUAUCACAUCUACAGACCCAUUGAGAUUGAUCCACAUAUGUCGAAAGAUGAAAAAGUCAAGUAUAUGAUUGAAUGGUGGACAAAAUCGAGCGAAGUGACAUCCGGAUUCCCAUUCGAUCAGACGGAAAUAGAUGAUAUAGCUAGUAAAUUUAAACAUGCACUACGUGACAGAACACACGAGCUAUUUGAGGACUUACAGCGCAUGCAGAUCCCCCUUUUAGUCUUCUCCGCGGGCCUUGGAAAUUCGGUAGUGUCAGUGCUGAAGCAGGCCGAUAUUAUGUAUCCCAAUGUGAAAGUUGUGUCAAAUUUUCUACAGUAUCGUGAUGGGCUUUUGGAUGGAUUCCAGCAGCCAAUGAUUCAUACGUUCAAUAAGAACGAAACGGUUCUGGACGGUCACGAGUAUUAUGAUUUGGUGCAUUCGCGAGAUCACAUCAUUGUGAUGGGUGAUUCGCUCGGCGAUGCAGAUAUGGCAUCGGGUGUACCGUCUUCAUCUCAUAUAUUGAAAAUUGGUUUUCUCUUCGAUCAUGUGGAGGCGAAUAUGGAAAAGUAUAUGAAUACAUUUGAUAUUGUCCUGGUCGAUGAUCAAACUAUGGAUGUGCCAAGAGCCCUGCUGGAGCUAAUUGAGAAGCAGAAGCUGAAAUUGAAAAAUGGAGGAUCCCCGCCAGCACAAUUGAGUUCUUUAUAAUAGAAGAGAUUUACAUGUGUUUGUUGAUGAACUGCUGCUAAUCUCACUCAAUUAGCAGUUGGUCAGUGUUAACUCUCUAAACAAAACAAGAAAACAAACAAAUAACAACAACAACAAAAGAAGCUACUACUACUAAUUAAGGGGUAUUAGAGUAAAUCAUAAUUUCACUCAUUGUCACGAGAAUUGUUUACAUAAGUUCAAUAUUGUAUAAUUAAAACGAGUUGAAAUGCGUGGGUAACGGUGAAUAUAUAUAUAUACAUAUAUCUAUA